AUCUAUAGCUCAACAAAAAUAUACCAAGAUUUUUUAACGUCCAGCAAGCGUUGGCGCCUGCCGCCAUGGCUGCCUACAAUGGAGUUACAGCCUUUUUAUCUUUGCAUCCGAAAAUAUGGAAGACUUCUUCUCUAUCUUUCUCUUCCUCUUCUGUUCACCAUUUUCCGUCUUGUAGGUCUAAUAUCUCUAGUGACAGUACUACUAGCAGUGAUGAACAAGUGAAUACUGAUAAUAGCGGCGGCGACAUUACCCACAAGUUUAGCUACAGCAGAGCUUCACCAUCAGUGAGAUGGCCCCACCUAAAACUUCCAGAUGCUUCUUCGUCUUCUUCACCUCAGACCCAGUUAACGGCUGCUUCACCUCCAUCGACUCUUUUGGUGGAGGAAGCCGGUUCUUCCGUAUACACGUCUGUUUCAGGGGAUUCUGUGAUGGUGGGUGCUGAAAAGGAGGAGGUAUUAGGAAGGCCCAGCAGGAACAGGGUUAAGAAAAUGACGAAAUUGGCGCUGAAGAGAGCGAAAGACUGGAGAGAAAGGGUGAAGUUGGUGAGUGAUAGGAUUUUCGGACUGGAACAAGGGAAGCUUGUCGGGGAUGUGUUGGAUGAUCUGGUUGUGCAGAUGACACCAACUGAUUUUUGCUUUGUGGUGAAAUGGGUUGGGCAGAGAAACUGGGAGAGGGCGUUAGAGGUGUACGAGUGGCUGAAUUUGCGGCAUUGGUAUGCUCCCAAUGCUCGGAUGCUCGCUACAGUACUGGCUGUUUUGGGUAGAGCUAACCAGGAGGGUUUGGCUGAGGAGAUUUUUAUGAGGGCGGAACCCGCUGUUGGGAAUACAGUCCAAGUGUAUAAUGCCAUGAUGGGUGUGUAUGCUCGUAAUGGUAGGUUCAGCCAUGUUCAGCAAUUGCUUGAUUUAAUGCGUGAGAGAGGGUGUGAGCCGGAUCUGGUUAGUUUCAAUACUUUGAUAAAUGCUAGGUUUAAAUCGGGUGCAGCGGUGCCUAACUUGGCCAUGGAGCUUUUGAAUGAGGUGAGGAGAUCGGGUCUCCGACCGGAUAUAAUAACAUACAACACUCUUAUUAGUGCGUGUUCACGUGGAUUGAAUUUGGUUGAGGCAAUGAAGGUUUACCAUGAUAUGGAAGCACAUGGUUGUCAACCUGAUUUAUGGACUUACAAUGCUAUGAUUUCGGUUUAUGGGAGAUGCGGAUUGGCUAACAAUGCAGAGCAACUUUUCAAGGAGUUGGAGUCAAAAGGGUUAUUCCCAGAUGCAGUGACGUAUAACUCUUUAUUGUAUGCUUUUGCAAGAGAAGGCGAUGUGGAGAAGGUACAAAAUCUUUGUCAGGAAAUGCUGAAAAUGGGCUUUGUUAAAGAUGAGAUGACCUAUAAUACUAUUAUUCACAUGUAUGGGAAGCAGGGCGACCAUGGUCUAGCAUUGAAGCUAUAUGAGGCCAUGAAACGCUCCAGCCAAACUCCUGAUGUGGUUACUUAUACAGUAUUGAUUGAUUCUCUUGGGAAAGCAAAUAAGAUAACAGAAGCUGCUAACAUAAUGUCAGAGAUGUUGGAUGCAGGUGUUAAACCCACUUUGCGGACUUAUAGUGCCUUGAUUUGUGGGUAUGCUAAGGCUGGAAAGCAAUUGGAGGCUGAAGAGACUUUCAGUUGCAUGCUAAGGUCUGGGAUUAGACCUGAUCAUUUGGCAUAUUCUGUUAUGUUGGAUAUAUUUCUCAGAUUUAAUGAAACGAAGAAAGCAAUGGUGCUAUAUAAGGAGAUGGUUAGUGAUGGUUAUGUACCAGAUAAUUCCUUUUAUGAGACCAUGAUACGACAACUUAAGAGGGAAAACAAAAUGGAAGACAUCCAAAAAGUGGUUAGGGAUAUGGAACAACUAUGUUCCAUGAACCCUCAAGCAAUUUCUUAUCUUCUUGUUAAGGCAGAAUGCUAUGAUCAUGCUGCUAAAUAUUUGAAAUUGGCUAUUAGCAGCGGCUAUGAGGUGGACCGUGAAAAUUUAUUAACCAUUUUAACUUCAUAUAUUUUAGCUGACAGGCAUUCAGAAGCACAUAACCUUCUUAAAUUCUUAAGAGAACAUAAAUCAGGAUCUAGUCAAGUGAUAUCUGAAGCUCUUAUUGUUAUGCACUGCAAGACUCAUCAACCAGAGGCUGCUUUGCAGGAAUACAGUCAUAAUUGGGAACUUCAUUGGUUUUGCGGAAGUUGUGCUGUGUAUGAGUCCCUUAUUCAAUGCUGCAAAGAAAAUGAAUUUUUUGCUGAAGCUUCUCAAAUUUUCUCUGACAUGAGAUUUUGCAGUGUUGAACCUUCUGAAUUUCUUUACCAAAGUAUGGUGACUAUAUACUGCAAACUGGGUUUUCCAGAAACAGCAGAUCACGUGGUUAAUCUCGCUGAGACCAGAGGUAUCAAUUUUGAAAAUUCUUCCAUUUACAUUGAUAUUAUUGAAGCAUAUGGAAAAGUGAAAUUAUUGGAAAAGGCAGAAAGUAUAGUGGGAAGUCUUAGACAAAGAUGUAAAACUAUGGACCUGAAGGUCUGGAAUGCUUUGAUACAAGCUUACGCCAAUAAUGGUUGCUACGAGCGAGCUAGGGCUGUUUUUAGCACAAUGAUGAGAGAUGGUCCUUUUCCAACUGUGGAUUCUAUUAAUGGUCUCCUGCAAGCGUUGAUCGUAGAUGGGAGACUUGAUGAACUUUAUGUCCUAAUCAAUGAGUUGCAAGACUUGGGUUUUAAAAUAAGCAGAAGCUCUAUUCUAUUGAUUCUUGAUGCCUUUGUACAAGCUGGGAAUAUCUUUGAGGUAAAAAAGAUCUAUAACGGAAUGAAGGCUGUGGGCUAUUUUCCUACCAUGUAUCUUUACAGAAUAAUGAUUAAGUUGUUAUGCAAGGGAAAACGAGUGAGGGAUGUUGAAGUCAUGAUUUCUGAGAUGGAAGAAGCUGGCUUCGAGCCUGAUCUUUCCAUAUGGAAUUCUAUGCUUAGGUUAUAUGCUGGAAUUGAGGAUUUCAAAAAGACAGCUCAAGUUUACCAAAGAAUUCUAGAAACUGGAUUUAGGCCAGAUGAAGUUACUUACAAUACUUUAAUUGUAAUGUACUGUAGAGAUCGUAGACCAGAAGAAAGGGUUGUCACUGAUGAAUGAAAUGAGGGGGCUGGGUUUGGAUGCUACAUUGGACACUUACAAAAGCUUGAUUUCUGCCUUUGGUAAGAAGCAGCUCAGUGAACAAGCUGAGGAGUUGUUUGAAGAGUUGCUAUCUAAAGGCUGUAAAUUGGAUCGCUCAUUUUAUCAUACAAUGAUGAAAAUAUUUAGAAAUUCUGGAAACUACUCAAAAGCAGAGAAACUAUUGAGUAAGAUGAAGGAGGCAGGAGCUGAACCAACUAUUGCCACAAUGCAUUUGCUCAUGGUAUCUUAUGGCAGCUCUGGACAUCCCCAAGAGGCAGAAAA